AUGUAUAACCAGGCUCGAACCACUGUAUUCCUCUCUGCUUCUUUUAACACACCUGCUUCGGAGUGUGCAUAUGAGGGAGAUUCUGCGGCACUUUCUGUCAGUGUGCUACAUUUUAGAAUCUCUUACGGAGGAAUAGCUCUGGCAAACGACUCUUUUGUAACUGAAUUUAUUCUCUUGGGUUUAACAAACAAGCCUGAACUUCAAACACCACUGUUCCUACUCUUUCUAGUAGUGUAUGUGAUAACUGCGUUAGGAAAUUUGACUUUGAUAAUUCUAAUUGUGUUGAAUUCACAUCUUCACACCCCCAUGUACUUUUUCCUACUUAACUUGUCCAUCAUAGACUUCUGUUUCUCUUCUGUAAUUACACCCAAAAUGCUGAUGAACUUCAUACUAAAGAAAAAUAUCAUUUCUUACACGGGUUGUAUGACUCAGGUCUAUUUCUUUUGCUUUUUUGCAAUUUCUGAAUGCUAUGUACUUACAUCAAUGGCCUACGAUCGCUAUGUGGCCAUCUGCAAUCCACUGUUAUAUAAUCUUGCCAUGUCCCACAGAGUGUGUUUAUAUCUCAUGCUUGGCUCAUAUUUUAUGGCAGUUUCUGGUGCCAUGAUCCAUACGGGAUUCAUGCUGAGACUGACCUUCUGUGAUGGAAACACCAUCAACCACUAUUUCUGUGAUCUCAUCCCAUUGCUGCAGCUGUCCUGCACCAGCACCUAUGUCAAUGAGGUAGAAUUGUUCAUUGUAGCAGGAAAAGACAUCAUUGUUCCCACUGUCAUCAUCUUUACAUCUUAUGGCUUCAUCCUUUCCAACAUCUUCCAUAUAAAGUCUACCGAGAGCAGGUCCAAAGCCUUCAGCACCUGCAGUUCCCACAUACUUGCUGUUACCAUGUUCUUUGGAUCAAGUGCAUUUAUGUACCUUAAACCUUCCUCAGCUAUUUCUAUGAAUGAGGGAAAAUUUUCUUCCAUCUUUUACAGCACUGUAGUUCCAAUGGUGAACCCCUUGAUUUAUAGCUUGAGGAAUAAAGAUGUUAAAGUUGCCUUGAAAAAAACCCUGAAGAGAAUUUUUUAA